GUAGGAGGGAAUGAGGUGCAUCGAGCUGCGAAUAGAAAGGCGAGAGACGGGGUGAAAGAAAGAGGGAGCGAGGAGAGAGGUACCUGAACGCAUGUCCAGCUCCUGCCUUAGCCUACUUACACUUCAAUAGACUGUAAAACAGCGAGAGGCAGAAAAAGGACGAAAAAUAAACAUCUUAGGAUCGAUACAAAAACACGGAUCGAGUCGCAUAAUUGUCGCUUUGAAGGAAACCUCUCAAGUUAUGUGUUGGUGUUUAAAGAGCGUCUUGGUGCGUGAGAAAGGUCCAGCCGUGGGUGAUUAAUUCGAUAAAGAGACAUGUCAGAAAUUGUGCCCCCUGAAGUGAGACCCAAACCUGCCGUCCCAGCUAAGCCAUCUCAUGUGGCCCUGCCUUCUAGCGUUCCCUUUGUGCCUUCACCCCAAGGAACGGGGGGUGAAGGUCAAGGGUCAGGUCGAGGAUCUGCAUUGCUUGGAUACAUCGGAAUAGACACCAUCAUCGAGCAGAUGCGGAAAAAGACCAUGAAGACAGGCUUUGACUUCAACAUCAUGGUGGUUGGUCAGAGUGGUCUUGGGAAGUCUACUUUAGUGAAUACUCUCUUUAAGUCACAGGUGAGCAGGAGGAGCACAGGCUGGAGUCGUGAUGAGAAGAUCCCCAAGACUGUUGAGAUUAAAUCUGUAUCUCAUGUGAUUGAGGAAGGAGGGGUGAAGAUGAAGUUAACAGUCAUCGACACACCAGGUUUUGGGGACCAAAUCAACAAUGAAAAUUGUUGGGAGCCCAUAUCCAAAUACAUCAAUGAACAAUACGAGAAAUUUUUGAAGGAAGAAGUCAACAUUGCACGCAAGAAACGCAUCCCUGAUACCAGAGUACACUGCUGCUUGUACUUCAUAUCUCCAACUGGACACACGCUUCGCCAGUUGGAUACUGAGUUCAUGAAACAUCUGAGCCGUGUGGUCAACAUCAUUCCUAUCAUUGCCAAGUCAGACACACUUACUCUUGAUGAGAAAACUGAAUUUAAACAGAGGGUGAGGAAGGAGCUGGAAGCGUGUGGGAUUGAGUGUUAUCCACAGAAGGAGUUUGAUGAAGACAUGGAGGAUAAGAGUGAUAAUGAUAAGAUCAGGGAGGCAAUGCCCUUUGCCGUGGUAGGAAGUGAUAAAGAGUACCAGGCCAAUGGCAAACGAAUUUUGGGCAGGAAGACAGCCUGGGGAGUGGUAGAGGUUGAAAACCCAAAUCACUGCGAAUUCUCCUUACUUCGUGAUUUCAUGAUUAGGUCUCACCUCCAGGACCUGAAGGAGGUCACUCAUAACAUCCACUACGAGACGUACCGUGCCAAGAGGCUCAAUGAUAAUGGAGGUCUACAUCCCAUCUCCUCCUAUGGCCAAGACACACAAGAAAGCAACCUGUGAGGAAACAAAUGAGCGGCAUAAGGAUGUGAGAGAAAACGAAGAUUCAUCUUGUAACAAUUCAGCUGUGCAUGCUCAGAAGAUUUCAUCGCUGUUGAGGAUUUGUCUUUUUACUCCUUUUAACUCUUUGUGGAACUUGUCAUCAUCUCUUGUUGCACAACCUUAGAAAAUUAGAAAAAGCCUUCCCCAGUUGCUCAUUCUGCGGACUUUAGUGAGUGAGUUUGCUUGUGAUAAUCUUGUUCAGGUCUAAUAUGAUGGUAAAUAGAGUUGUGCUAUAGCAUUUGGAAUUGGAAAUUGCCCAGUGUUGGCACAUCACUUGCUCUGUCCUUUACUGGAACCUCUGUUAGUCAGAUUUGAGCAGUUUUAUAUUGUUAGAAGGGGGAUUGCACUGCCACUGGUCUGCAGCUCAAUGGGCCUUAUUUAUUAAAACAUUUAGCACACUUUUUGCCAAUUAAACAUACUCAAGUUAUGUGUAAGCCUACUAAAUUUUAACACGCAAGUGUUUUAAUAAGUAUUUAAUUUCUUUGGCCCUAUAAGAGUACAGCAGUGUUUCUUUAAGAACAUUAGAUUCUCUAGUACUAACUUUUUACCAUUGCUGUGUAUCUCUGCCAAAACAAGUCUCAGAGGACUCUAAAGUGACCACUGAAGCAUAUUCCUACAGAUCAUUCCAAACAGGUACAACAGUUUAAAUGCAUGCCAGGAUUUAGUGGCUAAUGUGUUUAAAUAAACUUCAGGUGGAAACUGAAAGAACACUGAUUAAAAAAUGUUUUUCUUCAAGCACAUUUUGUAUGGACACCCCAUGUUUGUGUGAAUGAGUAUAAAAAUUACAAAGCUUUCUCAAAGUUUUGCAUAUGGUAACAGUGAUUUCUGUCUUCAUAUGUGAUGGAAUUUUUAUUUUCAUUUCCCAUGUGUGCCAAUAUUUCCAAUUGUGUGUAUAUGUGUAAUUACUUCUACAUUCCAUCUCACAAUAUCACUUCACAGAACAUUAUAUAUGUAGGAAGUCUACAGAUACAUACUGAUCCUAAAUCAGUUCAUCUUUUUCAUAUCACAUUCAAUUAAUGCUGGUGUGGAAUAAUAAAACACCUUUGAACAAUAAUUACGAAACGUUAUUUAUAUUGUAUUUAUGUUUUAUUUAGUAUGAUACUUAUUUUUAAUUUAAUAAACAUGUUUGCAAUAA